GGGGAUGCGUGCUGUCGUUUAGCGCACAAAGGGCUCGAAAGCCUGGCAAGCGGUAUGUGCUGGUCUGGCAAGGGGAUGCUGACUCAGGGAGGGGCAGGAGGCGGCCAGCCCCAUAGGUGGAGGCAGGAGGGAGUGCUGCCUCUGCUGAUUGGCCCAGCCGGUGCUGAGCCACAGCAGGGCCGCUAUAAAAGCUCUGCCACUGCCAGGCUCUCCCAAGCACUGCUCUGGCUGCCUUCUCCUCAGGGAACAGGAGCACCGUUCGAUCCCACGCAAAGAUGUCUUGCUCCGACCUGCGCCCAGCACCAACCAGCGUGGCCGUCCCCCAGCCCAUCGCUGACAGCUGCAACGAGCUGUGCGCCCGGCAGUGCCCCGACUCGACGGCCCUCAUCCAGCCACCCCCCGUCGUCGUCACCUUCCCCGGCCCCAUCCUCAGCUCCUUCCCCCAGCAAGCCGUGGUGGGCUCCUCCGGAGCGCCCGCCUUUGGGGGCUCCCUGGGGCUGGGGGGCCUCUACGGUGCUGGGGCCACCCAGGGCUCCGGGGGCCUCUGCACCUUUGGCAGACCCUCCUACGCUUCUCCCGCCUGCAGCCCUUACGUCUUGCCCCGCUACAGCAGGAGGCUGUGGGACAACUGUGGGCCCUGCUAGACCCAGCCCCAGAGCCCCCGGCGCUGCCCCCAGUCCAGACGCCAAGGCCAACGUCAGCCACGCAGGGCUGAGCUGGCAGGCACGGGGCACUGAGGAGUGCUGAGCAUCCCCAGCCCCAGACAAUGCCUGGGCAGCUGGCAGUGCCCCACAGCCUCGGCCCUUCCCUGCCCCCUGCUCCUGCUCUCUGCUCUCCUCCCUCUCUUCCCAGCUGUCAGACGAGCUAGGACCUGCACCCCAACGGCUCUGCGGGCCUGAUGGACCACGUCCUCGGGAGCUGCAACGCUGCACAAAGGGGGCAUCUGGAGCAAGAAGUCAUGCUCUUGAGAAGAUUGCCCCUGCCUCCCGCCACCCAUGGCAGCCAGCCUCUCUGGGUCUCGUCCACCAUCUCUCUGACGAUCUCUGCUGAUCCUCUGGGCAAAAUAAAGUUUUCCUGCAUCCCA